CCGACGGAGCACGGACUAAUCUAUAUGUGGUCCACACCAACUCCUCACACCUCCCAAACGCCCAUCGUUCAUUUUUCCCCUCCUGUGCCCCCAAAACUAGAUUCUGGUGCUUCUAGUUUUCACGGAGACUGGUGUCUGGGACUCGCCUGACCCCGUGGUCCGCUCGUUUAGCUUUAUAAUUUGCACCAUGUCCAGCUCUGUCCAUUUUCCUGAUGCCGACAACUUCCAGCGGCAGGCCGAUGAGUUUCUUGCUUGGCUGUCCCAGAAGCCCGGCGUUAGAAUCAGCCCAAAAAUCCAGGUCACUGAUUUGAGGGGCCAGGCUGCUGGGAGGGGAGUCGUUGCCAGAACCGAAAUCUCAGAUGGCGAGGAACUAUUUGCAAUCCCCCGCACUAUUGUCCUGACCGUCCAGAAUUCCAAUCUCAAGGACCAGCUGCCUCAGAAGGAAGAAUUCGAAAAUCUAGGCCCAUGGCUGUCUUUGAUGCUGGUGAUGAUCCACGAGUACCUCCUGGGCGAAAGGUCCGCCUGGUCUGCUUACUUCAGAGUCUUACCCACCAGAUUCGACACUUUAAUGUUCUGGUCUGAGUCUGAACUUGCUGAACUACAAGCCAGUGCUGUCGUGGAUAAAAUUGGGAAGCAGGGUGCGGAAGAGUCAAUUCUCGAGAUGAUCGCACCAAUCGUUCGUGCCAACCCCACUCUGUUCCCUCCAGUCGCUGGUAUCCCAUCCUACAACGGCCCAGACGGCGAACGAGUCCUUUUGGAACUCGCACAUAUGAUGGGAUCACUCAUUAUGGCCUAUGCGUUUGACAUUGAAAAGCCCGAGGAUGAAGAAGAUGACGGUGAAGAUGGCUAUGUCACAGAUGAGGAGGAUGAAUUGCCCAAAGGCAUGGUCCCCCUGGCUGAUCUCCUCAAUGCGGAUGCAGACAGAAAUAACGCCCGGCUUUUCCAGGAGGAAGGGUUCCUUGUCAUGAAGGCGAUCAAGCCCAUCCAUCAAGGGGAGGAGAUCUUCAACGACUAUGGGCAGAUUCCUAGAUCGGACUUGCUGAGAAGAUAUGGAUAUGUUACUGAAAACUAUGCCCCUUACGACGUGGUUGAAUUGCCGCUAGACGUCAUCUGUAGUGUGGCGGGGCUCGCAAGUGCGGAUCCCGAUGCGCAGCCACAGCUCAAGCUACUGGAAGAUCUCGAACUUCUUGAUGACGGCUAUAUCAUUCCCAGGCCAUCUGCUGAGGACUCACUGACAGACAUACUCCCGGACGAGCUCUUGGCGCUGGCGAAGACGUUGACUCUAACCCCAGAGCAGUUGCUUCAACAGCAGUCUAAGAACAAGCCGCCAAAGCCUGUGCUGAACGCUCCGGAGGCGAUUCUUCUACAGAAGGCUGUUCAAAAAAGACAAAGCCAAUAUGCUACGACACUCGAGCAGGACCAGCAGAUUCUCGCGGGAUUGAAGCAGGCUGAGACCUCAGGACCACUAGAAGGUUCGCCUCGUCGUCAGAAAAUGGCCGUUGAGGUCAGGAUAGGAGAGAAGGAGAUUCUGCAGCGACUUUCAGCUAUGUUUUCGGAUUUCAUCGCGAACAACGCUGGUCAGGGAGCGAAGCGCAGCGCCGAUAAUAGCCUGGAACAAUCGAGACAAGCGAAAUCCCUGAGGACCUGAAGUUCCACAGCCCCAGGAUGACUGCUACCAAAACUCGAAGAAAAGUUUAUUGUGGCUUUUUGGAUUGAUAUUAAUCUCGAUUCGCUGACCUCAUUGCUCGGUACUCAUAC